AUGGAUGCAGGGAGGCUGGAGCAGCAGGUGGCCAGUGUGGAGAGAGGCAUCACCUUCCUGAAGCAGGAGCACCUGGCCCUGCUGACUGGUUUGCAGCUGGAGAUAACACACCUGAAAAGGCGUUGUCAUGAGCUUAGCUGUGAGCUGGACUCCAGGUUUCCUUACAGAACCACAGCAGAGGAGGAAGCAGAGCUGGCAGCACGUUGUGAGGCUGCACAGCGUCUCCUAGAGGACCAGCAGUGCAUGAUGGUUGCUGUUCGUGGGGAGCUGCGCGCUGGCUGUGCACGAGCAUCGGCACUUGGAAGGAGCCUCAGGGAAGAAGAGCGUCACUUCUUGGAGGAGCUGAAACGCCGCAGCCAUAAGAUCACACUGCUGAGUCGUGAGCUGCAGAGCCAAAAUGUCACCACCUCGACCCUCUGCCACGAGCUCCACACUGCACGCUUGAAACUGUUCAAACAACGCCAGAGCACAGACUGCACUACAGAGGGGAAGGACGAAAACAGUGGAAAGGAGGAAGAAGGAGGAGAGGAAGAGGAGGAGGAAGAUGAAGAUGAGGACAAUGAAGACGACGAAGGUGAAAACUCUGACUGGCUUCUGUCUCCACCUCCUCCUGCCUCUCCCAGCCAACCGGACGUGAGACUCAGGAGGCGUGUCAGCGUGAGGGAGGAGAGAGUCAGAGCUUGCAUCCCACAGGAAAGAGUGACAUCACCACAGAGGCCACACCCCAUGCCUGACCCCGCCCUCUUCUUGGUGCCACUUAGGUACCGUCUCCUUCGCUGGAACCGGCCUGUCAGAACACAAGAUGGAGAGGGGCCUAUGGAUGAGUGGGAGGAUAUAGAGGACAGCAGGGUGCACAGAAGGGUGGACAUGGGAGCAGGAGAGGGAGAAACUGCUCUGUGA